GUGGCCGCAGUGAGCAGCUUGUCACCGGUCGCCAUGGCUGGCGGAGCCGUGUCAGAAUGGAAUAACUUAAUGUGGGAACAAAUGGACGUCAAAAAACUAAUUGGCAAAUCACUUAAGCCGGCAAGACCAAUUCGCCGUGGUGUGUCUGAAACUGUCAACUGCCGAUGGACUCAAGAGUCAAAGACAGACCACCAAAAUGGGCCUCAAAGCCAAAGCCCCCGACAAACAACCUACUCCCCAACCCAGAGACUGAUCAAGACAGCACCAGUGUAUAUGAUUAAAUACCGGGAAGAUCUUGCUGGCUGCUUUCCAAAAGAUCGUGGUGAUCAUAUUGACUUGUGGUGCUCAAAUAACAACAAUGAAGAGUUAAGUUCUUCUGUGGUUCCUAAUAAACCAGAAGGACCACAACCUCUAAGCAGAAAAGGUAGAAUUACCUAUACACGAGAUUUCCUGAUUAAGCUGUCUAACAUGUCCAUAUCCAAGCAAAAACCAGCCUAUUUACCAGAUCAUCCAAUUGUUUUGGAUAAGCCCGUAUCCAGGAUUCAAGUUGACAGUGGAUUGUUGACAUCACCUGUGUCUAGCUGAAGAAUAAAAUACUCCCUAGUGCCUUAAAAUAUGGGACAAUAUAUUUGAACAUCU